CGCGAGUUCCCCGUUCGCUCUCCCGCGGGUCCCCGUCCCGGUGGGCGGCGGCGCCCCGCGGCCGCGGUGCGGACCGUUGAUGUGAGGCGGCGGCCCGGCUUGCCGGCGGGGCGCGGAUGGCGGCGGCGGGGUCCGGCGCGGCGGCCGGAGGCCGCAGCUUUUCCUUCAAGGUGGUGCUGCUCGGGGAGGGCUGCGUGGGGAAGACCUCCCUUGUGCUGCGCUACUGCGAGAACAAGUUCAACGACAAGCACAUCACCACCUUGCAGGCAUCUUUUCUUACAAAGAAGCUAAAUAUUGGUGGGAAAAGAGUAAACCUUGCCAUAUGGGAUACAGCUGGCCAAGAAAGAUUUCAUGCUUUGGGGCCCAUCUACUACAGGGAUUCUAAUGGAGCUAUUCUAGUCUAUGAUAUAACAGAUGAAGACUCUUUUCAGAAGGUAAAAAACUGGGUGAAGGAGUUGAGAAAAAUGUUGGGCAAUGAAAUCUGUUUAUGUAUAGUAGGUAACAAAAUAGACUUGGAAAAAGAGAGACAUGUUUUGGUUCAAGAAGCAGAAACGUAUGCUGAAUCUGUUGGAGCAAAACAUUAUCACACUUCAGCUAAACAGAACAAAGGAAUCGAGGAACUGUUCCUUGACCUCUGUAAAAGAAUGAUAGAAACUGCUCAAGUGGAGGAGAGAGCGAGAGGCAACGGUUCCAGCCAGCCCGGCCCGGCCCGGCGAGGCGUACAGAUCAUCGACGACGAGCCACAAGUACAGAGCAGCGGAGGCUGUUGUUCUUCUGGAUAGCUCUAGGACUGUGCAUCACUGCCCUCUGGAGAUGGAGACUGCCAUGUUCCAAGUCACACCCUCUUUACCAAUGGAGUAAUAGAAUUAACAGUAUUUAAAAGUAAUCCCAUGUAACACUGCAGAGACCUUAAGUGCUAAACUAGUGGCGUCGGUGGCCAGAGAGCUGGCGUUGCCUGCCGUGGUUUAACAGAGCAAUUACCAAGGGCCUUUUGCAUCUUUGGGUUGUUUCCUUUAAUGAGGAGUAAUGUGCAUGUAGAAAAGACCUACUUAAAGGCUUCAUUUAUAUUCUUUGAGAUCAGAUCAUUAUUUAAUAACUUAUAUACCUUGUUGUGGAAUGGUAUCCAGGUUCUUUUCUUUGCAGCAGCUCUUGGUAUUUCGUGGUGGAUCCCACUUGUAUCACUUCUAAAAGAAUCCAAACUGAUCAUUAGCAGCAGCAGCAUCAUUCUGGGU